AUGAGAGAUAAUCCUGAGAGAUUCAUUGAAAGUAAUACUGAAAUCUCUUGGUUAGAAUACCUCAAUAAUAUGUCUAUGCAAGGGACAUGGGGCGAUGCUAUGAUAAUACAAGCUGUGGCUGAUCAGCUUGAGUUAAAAAUUACUAUUGCAGAGACACAUGAAAGGUUUUGUGAGUACAGUAUAAUACAACCUGUAUCAUCAACACAGCAACUAACUCAUGUCUAUUUCGGUCAUAUAGAUGAGCAUCACUAUGUAUCAACAUUGCCAUGUACUUCAAUGUCAGGUUUUAGUGAGAUAUCAACCCAGAGCUCUCAGUCUAAGCAAACAAGAACACAGUAUAUAAGCAAAUACAUGAAACAAAAACGAGCUAAUGAGACACAGAGCCCUGAGGCUAGGGAAAAGAGAAGAGUUUAUGCCAAGGAAUAUAGGAAACGUAAACAGGCCAGUGAGAGUUCCCAGCCCUCAACACUGAGCAUUGAGUCUAAACAAAUGAAAAGACUGUACGCAAAGGAAUAUAUGAAGCGUAAACGGGCCAGCGAGAGUUCCCAACCCUCAACACGGAGCAUUGAGGCUAAACAAAAGAAAAUAAUAUAUGCAAAGCAAUAUAGGAAACAAAAACAGUACAGUGAGAGUUCCCAGCCCUCAACACUGGGCAUUGAGGCUAAGCAAAAGAAAAGACUGUAUGCAAAGCAAUAUAGGAAACAAAAAUAUUGUGAGAUUGAACCGCUACAAAGUUUAAUAUCCAAAUUUCAUGAUAUUGUCUCACAAGGUCCUCUUUAUAUUUGCACUUGUUGUGACCAAUUAUGGUACAAGCAUAGUGUCAUUCCAGUCACAACACUUAAAGAAAAUAAUCCUGAUGUUCAAAAAAGAUUAUUAAUUAGAAAAAGUGUUAAUAAUAUGGAGUGGUUGUGUAAAACCUGUAAUAAGUAUUGA